AUGAUGGAGGAAACAAUUAUAAAAGAGGAUUAUUAUUCUUCAUCAGAUGAUGAAGAAGAGAGUGAAGAUCUUACUACACCAGCAGAACCUCCCUCUAGACCAACCAUGGAUAAAUCAUUGGCUGCAAAAAUGUACAUAGAACAAUAUUACCUUAAUCAACAAAAAUCUGUUAGACAAAGGGAAUCAAGACGAAAAGACUUGGAAGUUAAAAUGGGACAAAUGAAUAUAACCCCAAAAGAAAAAUCAGAAAUGAUGAAGGAAUUGGAUAAAAAAGAAUCAGAUUAUAUGAGACUAAAACGUAUAAAGAUGAAGAGAAAUGAUUUUGAAGUGGUCAAAGUAAUUGGAAGAGGUGCAUUUGGUGAAGUUAGUUUGGUACGUCUCAGAGAAACUGGUGAAUUAUACGCAAUGAAAAAAUUAUUAAAAUCUGAAAUGUUACAAAAAGAACAAGUAGCACAUGUUAGAGCAGAAAGAGAUGUAUUGGCAAAUGCAAAUAAUGAUUGGGUUGUAAGAUUAUAUUAUUCAUUUCAAGAUGAUAAUUAUUUAUAUCUGAUUAUGGAAUAUUUACCAGGAGGUGAUAUGAUGUCUCUAUUGAUCAAAUACGAUAUAUUUUCAGAAGCACAAGCCAAGUUUUAUAUUGCUGAAACUUUGUUGGCAAUUGAAUUGGUUCAUUCAUUGGAUUACAUACAUCGUGAUAUUAAACCAGACAAUCUACUAUUGGACAAGGAUGGACAUGUAAAAUUGACCGAUUUUGGUCUUUGUACAGGGUUCCAUCGUCUACACUCGUCAGAGUUUUACAACAAAUUGGUUGGUGAUGCCAUGACUCUUAAAAUGAAGUUGGUAUCGGAAACACCAAUCACUCAAACGGAAAGAAUUCAAUCAUGGAAAAAGGCCAGAAGAGAAUUAGCUUACUCGGCUGUCGGUACUCCAGAUUAUACUGCACCUGAAGUCUUUAUGCAAGUUGGAUAUGGUAAAGAAGUUGAUUGGUGGAGUUUGGGUGUUAUUUUAUAUGAAAUGGUUAUUGGUCAUCCUCCAUUUUUAUCAGAUGAUACAACCCAAACAUGUUUAAAAAUUAUAAAUUGUAAAGAAACUCUUCAUUUUCCACAAAAUCCUGGGGUAUCAAAUGAAUGUAUUGAUUUAAUUAAAAGAUUGGUAACUGAUCAUGAUAGAUUAAAAACACCAUCACAAAUUAAACAACAUCCAUUCUUUAAGGGAAUUAAUUGGGACAAGAUUAAAGAUCAAAAGGCACCAUUUAUACCUGAAUUAAAAGGUCCAACAGAUACUAGUCAUUUUGAUGAAUAUGAACCAGAUGAAGAAAUUGCCUCCAAAUUACCAAAAUCAAAACCAAGACUUGGUAAAUUGGUUAAAGAAAAGGACUUGGCUUUUAUUGGUUACACGUACAAAGGUUUUGAUAUUGUAGAUAAAUCACCAAGUUCAAGAAGAAAAGUGGAUCAAAUAUUUAAAUAA